AUGAAGCACAUGCCUGUGGGCAUGAGGUUUGCCUUUGCGCUAUGCCUCGUUUCCUGCAAGGCCGAGGGGGAGAUGAUUUCUAGGCUGCGAGCGCGGUCGCAGUCUGCGGCAGAAGCGGCAAGCGAGCUGCAGCACAUGCUGCAGGAUGGGAAGAUGAGCAUUCCCCUGAGCCUGCAAGCCAUUCAGACCACCUUGGUGAAGAUGGGCCACGAAGUGGGCAACGACACCGCGGUGACCACCGCAGAUUUCGCCAAGAGUAUCGAGCCUCUGCUCUUCUCCAUGCAGGACACCAUCCGCAGUCAGAACAACCUGACGCAGCAGACCUUGGACAACUCCUGGACCACCUUCACCGCGUGCAGCUUCGACUUCUCCGGCCCCACGGGCUUCGAAGAUGUGGCCGCGCUGGAGAACUCUCACACCACCUGCCGGGUGGAGGAAGGCAUGCAGAAGACGGCCCUGGACGCAUGCCGCAUCGUUCAGGGCAACAAGGAGUCCACGCUGAGUGACGCAAAGAAGGACUUCCAUGGAGACGACCAGGGCGGAAUCAAGGGCAAGAAUGCUCUGCCCGAGAUCAACGCCUGCGACUUUGAGCAGGUGGGCGCGACCUGGACGUCGCCGAAGGAGUAUCUGGAGUACUUUGAGAAUCACUUUGGAAACCUGCUCAGUGACUGGCGCUCGUCGAGAGAUGCGGUAGUCAAUGCGCAGAACGCCACGAACCUCCAGACCACCCUUUGCGAUUCAAAGGAGGCCAACUACACCAAUCAGAAGGGCGACUGCGGUCAGUUCCAGAAGGCCUUGGAGAACGCCGCCUGCGACAUCCUCACGCACAACACGGCAUGCCGCAGCUACACCGGCUGCUACAACCGGGAGUUGCAUGCCUAUGGAGAGGCGCAGAAGCUGACCAAGAAUCAGGAGGCUGAGCAGCAGGCGGAGAUGAUGGGAACGCUGAAGAUCUUGUGCAUGAUUCGAGCAUUCGGGAAGCCCGAUCUGAACCAGAAGAUCGAUGUGUGCCUGGCAACCGACUACAGCACUACUACUGAAGUGGAUGCCUUGAAGAUCAGCUACUACCCGAACAGCCAGUCUCCCAUGCCCGUGGACCAGCGCCCGAAGUGCGCCUCCACGUUCAGAGCGUCCAUGAUCCCGGGCACCGGCAGCUUCGAGAACUCCCACUACGGAAGCCUGCCGAGCAAUGCCCCUUACAAUACCUGCUCAGCAUCCUGCUGCGGCUAUGCGGAGCCCACCUGCGUGAAUUACGGGUGCAGCUCAGGGUACGUGAAGACCCAGCUCUGCCAGUGCAACUCUGGGUGUGAGAAGCACGGUGACUGCUGCUGGGACUACUACGAUCACUGCAAUGUCUCCACAGUUGAGUUCACCGUCAUGCUCAACGAGGUCGCCUUCAACGGCCAGCCUGCGACCUGCGAGGGUUCGGAUUGGAUUGAGCUCUACAAUGCCGGCUUCACCCGCAAGGACGUGAAGGGUUGGAGUCUGGCAGUGGAGAAGCCGGAUGACACCAACCCUGGGUCCACUGUCCAGUAUGAUGUCACCUUUGACACCAGCCAGACAGUCGAGCCAGGCUCGGUGCUGCUGGUCUGUGCCAAGCCCGGGGGAUUGUCAGACACCAGCCUUCCGAAUAUCGAGGUGGAGUUUGAGCCCGGGAACAAGAUCACCUGGUCGGACAAGGCCGGCAACAUCAUCGCUUCCACCACCGUGGGUGGGCACACCGGAACCACCAAGACGUGGUCUCGACUGCAUGAUGGCAGCUUCGCAUUGAGAGAUCCCACGCCUGGGGCCAAGAAUCAGUGA